UUGAACGGCGCUGCCGUCCGCCAAACGGUAGUGGCUAAAACUGUGCACAAUUCCCGGCAGCCUGCAUCUGCAAAGUGGUACGACCGAAGGGACUAUGUCUUUAUUGAAUUUUGCGUUGAAGACAGUAAAGAUGUUAAUGUAAAUUUUGAAAAAUCCAAACUUACAUUCAGUUGUCUUGGAGGAAGUGAUAACUUUAAACAUUUAAACGAAAUUGACCUUUUUAAUAAUAUUGAUCCAAAUGAAUCAAAGCAUAAAAGAACAGACAGAUCUAUCUUGUGUUGUUUACGAAAAGGAGAAUCUGGUCAAGCAUGGCCAAGGUUAACAAAAGAGAGGGCAAAGCUCAACUGGCUCAGUGUGGACUUCAACAACUGGAAAGACUGGGAAGAUGAUUCAGAUGAAGACAUGUCCAAUUUUGAUCGCUUUUCUGAGAUGAUGAACAACAUGGGCGGAGAUGACGACGUAGACUUGCCAGAAGUAGAUGGGGCAGAUGAUGACUCACCAGACAGUGACGAUGAAAAAAUGCCGGAUCUGGAGUAAGGAAAACUGUCGUCUUCAGGGUUUGGGGAAAGAACUUCAUCACAACAUUUCAUAAUUGAGACAAGAAUUCCUGAGUUGAUAGCCCUAAAGGGAGAUCCUGCAUCCUUUUAACCCAUUUUCAGUCCAUUUUAAAUGGCUUCACUGAUGGUAGGUGUGUACCAUUGCACGGGGCGGUCUUAAGCCACGAGAGGCAAUAACGUUAUGCAUGAACCGUUUUCCAGACUUCCACAAAACCCCAAUUGAGGUGUAGGCAAUCGAUAGAGAACAGUUGCAAUAAAGUUUACAGAGCCUC